AUGGCGGGUGCUCGGCAAGCCGUGGACUGGGUCUAUGCCAACGCGGGCAAAGGCGAAUGGAAGCACGUGGACAAGACGCGCAUCGGGGUGUGGGGACAGAGCUGCGGCGGGCUAGAGGCGUACACUGCGGGAUUGGAGGAUGAUAGGAUCGGGCAUGUUGGGAUAUUCAACAGCGGGCAGUUGAAUGAAACGGAGAGUGAGGCCGUGGCCGGGAACCUGCACAAGCCGAUUUUCUAUUUGCUGGGUGGGCCGACGGAUGAGGCUUAUGUAAAUGUGAGUGUUUUCUUGGGACGGGUGGUUGGGCGAGAUUACGUAGAUCUUCCAAAGGGAACGCCGGCGUGGAAAGCAAAUCACGCCUUGGGCCAUGGUGCGGCGUUUGAUGUGCCGAAUGCUGGGAUUCCGGGGAUAGUCGGGAGUAAGAUCGUGCAGUGGGUAUUGCGGGGUGAUGCGAAGGCGAAGAAGUGGUUCACGGGUGAGGGAGCGUAUUCCGUGGGCAUCACGGAUGUGGAGUACAAGAGCCUAGAUCGUAUCAAGGUCGCGCCGAUUCAAUAA